AUGGAUCAGCUCGUUGCCGAACUGGUGGACCAUCUCUGUCUGUUCUUGGAUCAAAACUCCCUGUGCUCGUUCCGCCUGACUUGCAAGGCAUUUGGUGCCAUUGCCGAGGAGCAUCUCUUCCGUGACUUCGAGUUUCGUCUCUUCCCCAGUCAUCAUAGACUUUACCAGCUGGAGCAACUGGCAGCUACACCCUCGAUAGCCUCCCGCCUACGUUGUGUCUCUUUCGAAUCUGGUAUCCAGCUGGAAUACGCCGACUAUCGGUACUGGCAGGCCGAAGUGUAUCACGACAAGCAGAGAGCCUGGGAGCGAAGCCUUGUUGGUGCCACCAGGGACGAUUACACGCAGUUUCAUGAACGUCUUCAAGCCAGGUUCACCACGGACCUAGCUCGUCGUUACGAUCUGUACCGCUGGCAUCUCGAUCAACAAGCAGCAUCCAUGGCUGAACCCCGUGUGAGAAAUGUCCUCAUGCGGGUAAUCGGCAUGCUCGGGGAGUCAAACUCGGCCCUGCGAUUCAAGCUGAUCAUGGCCGAGCCUCAAAUCCGGUUGGAAGAGCUCGAAGCGUUCGAUCCUGAACAGUACGCAAACGACAAACCCUAUGAUCCCGAUCCGCGGCGCAGAGUUGCAAAUCGUCGCCAACACUGCCUGGAUCACUUUGUCAAUUUCCUCCAGGCCGCGAAGCUUUCGGGAUGUGAAGUGGCUGACCUCACUGCAAUCGACAUCCCCCAGCAACUUCUUGCCGUGGGUCCUCUUCAUGGAUCCCAUGUGCUGGAAGAAACCUUUCAGGGUCUGAAGAAACUCCGCAUGAAAAUCAGUUCCUUCCCCCAUAGUGACUGGCUUUCUCGUAGUGGAACUGGACAAAUCUAUUUUGGCGGGAGGAAUGUGGCUGCAAAAAGCCUCAGGGUGUUGUUGAACCAAACCUCGCAGCUGGAGCACUUGGACUUGGAAUUCCCAGCUGGACUCGAGGCCGAGUAUUCGUUUGAUCUUUUUGAUAGGACCAACAUCGACCGCUUCCCUCGGUUGUGGCUCCCACAUCUCAAGUCUCUGACACUCAGUCUUUUCAGGUGUACUUGGACAGACUUGAAAGCUUUUUUGGACGAGGGCAGGAAUCUUGACUCAUUGGUGAUGAAGGAUUGUCGACUUGAGACAGGGUCAUUGAUAGAUUUGCUCGAGUAUCUGCGCCGGAGACAUCUUGGGAAGGUUCAGCUUCUUGGAAGCUGGUAUGUCGAUGAGGACUGCGGUGAAUGGCACUCGCACAGUGAGGAGGAUUUCACAAGUUGCUUUGCGACGAACUCAUACGAGGGCCCCUAUGCUCAUUCAGGAAUGCGGUCGAGGAUAGAAGAGUUCAUCACUGGCAAAGGAGAGUGUCCCUUGCCACGGUGGACAACAGAAGAUGACCCUCCUCGACUGUGGGAAAUCGAUUCGGAUACGAGCUGGCACUUUAUUCCGGGACAGCCUCAUCGCUAG